AAUUUCACCACCAAACUUUAACCCCACAAAUCCAAACCUCCCAUGCAUAAUCCUCCUUUCUUUAGCAAAAAUCCAACUCCCCCACACCUUCUGUUCCAGAAUCCCGAGUAUAUAUAUUCAGUGGUUUUUGUCCAUAAAUCAUAUACUCUCGCUCGCUCACUCUCUCUCUCUCUCUCACUUCUGAAUCAAACUUUAUUCCAUGGAUGAUCUAAUCAUCUCCCCUUCUUCGUCUUCUUCCUUGGUUUCUCUCCCACAAGAACCAACUCUCCAACAGAGGCUGCAGUUCAUACUCCAAAGCCAGCCGGAGUUGUGGUCUUACGCCAUUUUCUGGCAGGCCUCAAACGACGUCGAAAAUGGCCGUCUCCUUCUCGGUUGGGGAGACGGCCAUUUUCAGUGCCCCAAGAACCCGUCACCCAACCACAACAACAACAACAGCAACAGCCUCUCGUCCUCGGGAGGAGCGCUGCACUCCGACAGAAGAAAAAUCCUUAAGGGCAUACAGUCCAUCCUCAACGACAACAACCCGGAGCUCGACAUGGACAACUUCAUGGCCCUAAACGGCGAUGUCUCGGACGCCGAGUGGUUCUAUGUCUUGUCGUUGACUCGAUCUUUCGCCGUCGGGGACGGCUCUGUUCCCGGCAAGGCCUUCGGCUCCGGGACCUCAAUCUGGCUGAGCGGGGCCCACGAGCUUCAGUUCAACAACAACUGCGAGAGGGCCAAAGAGGCCCAAAUCCACGGGAUCGAGACCUUGAUCUGCAUCCCAACUUCCGACGGUGUUCUUGAAAUGGGUUCCUCCGGUUUGAUCAGAGAGAACUGGGGGUUGAUCCAGCAAGCCAAGUCGAUGUUCGGGUCGGAUCAGCCCGACCCGGAAACAAGACCGCUCGAGUUCAUCAACCGGAACUUCUCCUUCGCCGACAUCGGCAUCAUUGCCGGCGUGCAGGAAGAGGAUCACAGCUCGUACAAUGACGACAAGAAACAUGUUUUUGGUUCUAGCAAGAAGAAGAACGGAGCUCCGAACCCAAACCCGGACUUCGCAGAUUCCGACUGCCAGAUGAAAAGAGCGCCGAAGAAACGGGGCCGAAAACCCGGGCUGGGCCGAGACACGCCGCUGAACCACGUGGAGGCCGAGCGGCAGCGGCGGGAGAAGCUCAACCACCGGUUCUACGCGCUACGCGCGGUGGUGCCCAACGUGUCGAGAAUGGACAAGGCGUCGCUGCUGUCCGACGCCGUGUCGUACAUCAACGACCUGAAGGCCAAGGUGGACGAGCUGGAGUCGAAGCUGCAGAGGGAGUCAAAGAAAGUCAAAGUGGAAAUGGCGGACAACCAGGACAACCAGAGCACCACCACCACCGCCUCCGUGGAGCAAACACAAACAGUAAGGCCUGAUAUCAACAACACCAACAACGGGUCGGCUCUCGAGAUUGAGGUGAAGAUAGUGGGCACGGACGCCAUGAUUAGGGUGCAGUCGGAGAAUGUGAACUACCCGUCUGCGAGGUUAAUGACGGCGAUGCGUGACUUAGAGUUCCGCAUCCACCAUGCGAGCUUGUCAAGCAUCAAUGAUCUUAUGCUCCAAGAUAUUGUGGUGAAGGUUCCUGAUAAUAUGAGAAGCGAAGAAGGUCUCAAAGCUGCUCUACUCGGAAUAUUAGAUCAGAACCAAGCUUAAUUCCUUGUUGGGUACGUGUGGAUGACAAAGUUCAAUUCUCUCGUGUUGUAUUGUAAAAUAUAUAUAUAUAUAUAUAUAUAUAUAUUAACUAUGGACAGCCCGAUCCUAAUAUAUAUCUUGGGUCGGAAAUUGUUAGGCUUUGGUUACAAUAUAUAAUGUCUUCAUAUCUCUAGGGUUUCGACUAGAUCCAUUGUUGUGUUCUUCCAAUUCCUUCGAUCUUCUAUGAACGAUGAUGUAUAUUUUUUCGAGCUGGUUAA